AUGGGCAACUCGGAAAAGCGGCAUUUGGCCUCAGCCCCAAAACCCAACGUGGCCCAGACAAGAGCAGCGACGUCUUCCGGAAUCCCGGCCCAGGAUUCCGGAGAGCGCGAACCCUCGGCCGCGCCCCUCCGGCGCCACCUGGCCACUACCAAUCCCCGCAGGGGCCCCGUGCUGCUAGCCAAGGAGGGUGCCGAACCGCCAUGGUUUCACCCAAAUAUCACAGGAGUGGAGGCAGAAAACCUACUGUUGACAAGAGGAGUUGAUGGCAGUUUUUUGGCAAGGCCCAGUAAAAGUAACCCUGGAGACUUCACACUUUCCGUUAGAAGAAAUGGAGCUGUCACCCACAUUAAGAUUCAGAACACUGGUGAUUACUAUGACCUGUAUGGAGGAGAGAAGUUUGCCACUUUGGCUGAGCUGGUCCAGUAUUACAUGGAGCAUCAUGGGCAGCUAAAAGAGAAGAACGGAGACGUGAUUGAGCUCAAAUACCCUCUGAACUGCGCGGACCCUACCUCAGAAAGGUGGUUUCACGGACACCUCUCUGGGAAAGAAGCAGAGAAAUUGUUAACGGAGAAAGGAAAACAUGGGAGCUUUCUCGUGCGUGAGAGCCAGAGCCACCCCGGAGAUUUUGUUCUGUCUGUCCGCACUGGCGAUGACAAAGCGGAGAGCAAUGACGGCAAGUCCAAGGUGACCCACGUCAUGAUUCGCUGCCAGGAACUGAAAUACGAUGUGGGUGGAGGAGAGCGGUUUGAUUCUUUGACAGAUCUUGUGGAACAUUACAAGAAGAACCCUAUGGUGGAAACAUUGGGCACCGUGCUACAACUCAAGCAGCCCCUCAACACAACUCGCAUCAACGCUGCUGAGAUAGAAAGCCGGGUUCGAGAACUCAGCAAAUUAGCUGAGACCACAGAUAAAGUCAAACAAGGCUUUUGGGAAGAGUUUGAGACACUACAGCAACAGGAGUGCAAACUUCUCUACAGCCGAAAAGAGGGUCAGAGGCAAGAAAAUAAGAACAAAAAUCGUUACAAGAACAUCCUGCCCUGGUCCGUGUUUGCCUUCUACAGAAGUAAAUGUGUCAAAUACUGGCCUGAUGAGUAUGCUCUCAAAGAAUAUGGGGUGAUGCGUGUUAGAAACGUCAAAGAAAGUGCUGCUCACGACUAUACGUUAAGAGAACUUAAACUUUCAAAGGUUGGACAAGGGAAUACAGAGAGAACGGUCUGGCAGUACCACUUUCGGACCUGGCCAGACCACGGCGUGCCCAGUGACCCUGGGGGCGUGCUCGACUUCUUGGAGGAGGUCCACCACAAGCAGGAGAGCAUCGUGGAUGCGGGCCCCGUGGUGGUUCACUGCAGUGCUGGCAUCGGCAGGACAGGGACGUUCAUCGUGAUUGACAUCCUCAUUGACAUCAUCCGAGAGAAAGGCGUUGACUGCGACAUCGAUGUCCCCAAAACCAUCCAGAUGGUGCGGUCUCAGAGGUCGGGGAUGGUCCAGACAGAAGCACAGUACCGGUUCAUCUACAUGGCCGUCCAGCACUACAUCGAGACACUGCAGCGCAGGAUCGAGGAGGAGCAGAAAAGCAAGAGGAAAGGACAUGAAUAUACAAAUAUUAAGUAUUCCCUAGCGGACCAGACCAGUGGCGAUCAGAGUCCCCUCCCACCUUGUACGCCAACACCAUCCUGUACAGAAAUGAGAGAAGAUAAUGCCAGAGUCUAUGAAAACGUGGGCCUGAUGCAGCAGCAGAAGAGUUUCAGAUGA